GGAACCUUGUUUGAUGCAUUGCUUAAGUUAAUGGUUUGUUUUACUUCUUGAAAUCGCCAGUGGUAGGGCUGUAAUGCUCUUACUUCUGUGGUACUCAAAAAAGGAUCGAAGUGUUGGACUGAUCAACUAAUUUUAGGAUGGCAACUGGGCUGUGAUGUACAUUUGUCUUUUUCACCUUGCUUUCUGUUCGGUCCUGGCCUGAGGUGCCCUACUUUGGACCACAAAGUUUCUCAAGAUGUCGUUUCGCGGACCUGGGCUGUACGAGUUUCUCACGGAGGCAGAGCUUCAGCAAUACUACAAUCAUUUCAAAAAUGACUUGAAGGUGCAAAAUGUGCCCCAAAUCAAGUGGGUGACAGAUGAAGAUCUGGCCGUGAUGGGUUUGUCUAAGCCCGAGAUAAGACGUCUCAAGAAGUUCUUCGGAAAAUACUGUCCACAAAACUAUUUGUCGAAAAUGAAAAGGAAGCUGCUGGGCCGGCGCGACGACGAGCUGCCGGAGCCGCCGGCGGUGCCCGACGAGUCGCCCUCACGGCAGCGGCACACCAUCAAGAUGCCCAAGCACAUCAUCCCGGCGGACGCCAUCGUGGUCAACAAGGAGCUGGGCACCGGCGAGUUCGGAGUGGUGCAGCAAGGCGUCUGGACCAACGAGGAGGGGCACAGGAUCCAGGUGGCGAUCAAGUGCCUGAGCAAGCAGCGCAUGCAGUCCAACCCGACCGAGUUUCUGAAGGAGGCCACCAUCAUGCACAACAUUGAGCACGAGCACAUCGUACGUCUGUACGGCGUCGUGCUCGAUACCAAUGCCCUGAUGCUGGUGACGGAGCUGGCGCCGCUCCGCUCGCUGCUCGAGUGUCUGAAGGAGCCUAACCUGCGCGCCAGCUUCCCCGUGCUGACGCUGUGCGGCUUCGCCAUCCAGAUCUGCGACGGCAUGCAGUACCUCGAGUCCAAGCGACUCAUACACAGAGAUCUAGCAGCGCGCAACAUUCUCGUGUUUUCCAAGAAUACUAUCAAGAUAUCCGACUUUGGCUUGUCACGGAUGCUGGGCGUGGGCAAGGACUACUACCAGACGAACUUCAACGUCAACCUGAAGCUGCCCAUAGCAUGGUGCGCGCCGGAGUGCAUCAACUACCUGCGCUUCACGUCGUCGAGCGACGUCUGGGCGUACGGCGUGACGCUGUGGGAGAUGUUCAGCUACGGCUUCCAGCCGUGGGCGGCGCUCACCGGCCAGCAGAUUCUCGAGGCCAUCGACGAGCCCAACUUCCAGCGUUUGGAGCAGCCGGACACGUGUCCCAAGGACUGCUACAACUUGAUGAUCAAGUGCUGGCAACACGACCCCAACAAGCGGCCCAACUUUCGCGACCUGGCCGAGAUGUUACCUGAGUGUAAGCCGGAGCAGGUGCAGGCAGUGCAGGCGGCGGCCAGCGAGCCCACGUCGCCCACCAAGCGUGACCGACUGCCAUACGACGUCGGCGAUGUGGUCACCGUGCUGGACAAGCGGCCCGUGGCCGACCACCCCAACCUGUGGAAGGGCGUCACGGCGCUUGGCAAGACGGGCCUCUUCAACCCGUCUCACUUCGUGGCCUACCUGGGCAGCAACCUGCCGUCCAGCAGCGGGCAGCCGCCGGCACCGUUCAGCCGCGGCGAGGCGAAGGCGGCCUACUCGUCCAAGCGGCGGCUGAAGCCGGAGAUGAUCUCGGCGCCGCAGGAUGACCUCAAGCACACCGGCCACGUCGGCAUGGACGGCACCCACUUCGGCGAUGUCUCCUUCCUCGGCGACAAGCAGCUGCCGCGGCAGGUGGUGAGCCCGUAUAAGCCGCAGGACGACAUGCGCACAGCGCUGCUGACGCGCGCCGAGUCGGACGUCUCGGACCGCGCGCCGCUGCUCGCCACCGCCGACUCGGCCGCCAGGGGCGCUGCUGCAGAGCUGUCGGCUGACACCGUGUGGGAGCGAGAUGCGCCGCCGGACCGACCGGCCGCCCGAGGCGACAUCUACCGCCGUGUGGUCGGCACCAGAGGGCAGCACGAGUACCACGAGAUCAGUGACGAGGAGGCCGAGGUGGCCGGGGCCGCGGCGCCCGCUGCCGCCACCAGCCCUCCCUUCCAGAGCGACCCGUUUGACCUGGGGCCGAGCCUGAUGGACGAGGUGAUGUCCAUACUGGAGGCGCCGGCCGCCACGCAGCCGCGCCCGCGCGACCGCAUCAUGUCCGAGGAGUCCACCUCGGGCGGCGAGGCCAGCAACAUGCGCAACGAGCUGCGCGAACAGAGCGCGCGCAUGCUGCGCGAACAGGGCCAGAAGAAGCGCAAGGAGAGCAAGGUGCGCGACAUCUCCGAGUCGGAUCGGCGCACACUGGAGCAGGCCAUCGCCAUGGCCAACGACCUGGCGGCGCGCUCGAUGGCCGAGCUCGACUCGGACUCGCUCGACUCGCCGCACACGCCGAGCAGCCCGACCAAGAAGAAGUUCUCGUUCAAGCUGAAGCCGAGCCCGCCGACGGUGCGCCGUAACUUCAGCACGGAGGCGGCCAGCAUCCCCGACAUACAGGCCUCGCUUAAACACGAGGAGCGCGAAGCCUACAACUCACUGGUGCACAAACCCUCCCUGACCUGCGCCCCACCGACGCCCGCCGCCGCCGCCGCCUCCGCCGCUUCUGUAUCCGCCACUGCUGGACAUCCGGCCGCCUGCUCCGUCGCCGCCGCCGCCGCCGCCGCUGCCGACGACACGCUCUCGGAGACCUCCGACAACCCGCUCAGGAUGCUGCGGGCCGGCAUCACGGUUCGACCGAAGAUCCGUGGCAACAAGCACAACGUGACGCCGACGGGCGUGGCCACCAUCGAGCGCAGCCAGGGCGUGGCCCGCUCCAAGGCCGCCGGCCUGCUCAACUCCAAGAGCGUCUCGGAGACGGCCGAGGAGCCGCUGGAGGCGAGCUCGCUCCAGAGCUGGCACCGCACCAUGUCGAUCGACCGCGACCUGGCCGUCGGCUCGGUGCCCUCGGAGGAGAGGCUCGGCGCGUCCAACCCGCUGCCGCUGCCGCCGCGCGACCGCUCCCGCAGCCUGCAGGAAGCGGCCGCCAAGCCCCGUCACCAGCGUAAGCACCCGCUGCUGCUGCCGGCCGGUGCGGCGACGGCGGCUGCUGCACGGCCUGCGGACGGCUCGCCGCCCGACGACACCACCGACGGCUGCCUGCCCCGCGGCGCGCCGCCCGCCAAACCGCCCCGGCUCAACUUGAACGACUCGUUCGAGUCGCAGCUGGCGCAGGAGAUGGAAGCGCUGGACCACAUCCCGGAGGAGCGGGCUGGCUCACCGCCGGCCGGCGCCGACCUGCUGUACACCUGGCGUGACCACGUCAGCUGCGAGGACCUGCUCGAGUUCGCCGCCGACCGCCCCAACGUGCGCCGCACGCGCGGCCCCGCGCACGGCGCGGAGAGCGACGAGGUGCGGAUCAUGCUGAAGGUGCUGGGCACGGGCGCCACCUCCGAGACCUGCCUGCUGGCCCUGAACGAGACCAGCUGGGACGUGCACCGCGCCAUCAAGCUGUGCCAGGUCACACGCGCUCUCGGCACGCAGGUGGACACGGACGAGGUGAGCCGGACGCUGCGUCAGGUCGAGUGGAAUGUCAACAAGGCAGUCAGCAGUCUGAUGGUGCGCCACGGCGCCGCCGGCCAGGCCACGGUCGUGUGACGUCACGCACGGCUGCCCGGGUGUGACGUCACACGACCGUGACGCCUGACCGGCGCGCCGCGGGCCGCCACGCCUCGGUUCCGACGGUCGCCGGCAGGCGGCGUGCUGUGGGGGCGUGGGCGGGGUACGCGCGAGACCGGUGCCGUGGGGACGUCGCCAGGCUCUUCAGCGGUGCGUGGACGGAGGAAUGGCGACGCAUCGUCGACUCCCUCCAGUGCUGCGCCGGCGUCUGGUGCCAGUUGGCGGAUGCGCUGUGCCGCACUGCGUUACAGUGCCCUCAUCUUAGGGAUCCAUGGCGGCGGCGUCUGGUGAUGCCGCCGCCACCUCUCGUGGCGCUGCGGAGGCGUGUCGUGGUGCGUGCUGUGCGGCGGAUACAAAUUGGCUGGACAGGUGCAGUAUUACUGACUGGCGCGCCGGCGCCGGCGCCGGCGGCCAGGUCAAAUCGGGUUUGUGCUCCAGUGAUAGUCGGUGGGAUAUUGUCGUGGCGGGCUGCUAUGGUGUGCUGCUGUGUAGUGUGUGUUGUGAUACGAAGCCUUCUCGGCUGCGACCAGUACUCAUCGAAAUCGUAGCGCUCGCUCGCUGCCGAUGUCCGCCGCGGGUAGUUGUACGGGCGGUCUGCUCGCGUCAGCGGUGAUCCUUUCUGGUGGCCUGCGGCGCGUGGGCUCCUGGCUGGGUCUAUGGCCCUCUCCCUCCCCUCCCCUUUCCUCCCAUCCCCUCCACUCUUCCCCUCAUCGGCCAUGCUGCGUAUGAAGCGUGCCGACCGCGAUCUGGGUUGUUUUAUUGGCGCCGUGCUCAUGUAGAUACGCGUCUUCCCCUGCAUCGUGCCGCCUAGCUAACCUUGCCACGUGUGCAGCUUUACUUACCUGACCUGGGGGGCGUGAUCCGAGGUCACGGUCGUCAGAUCAGCGGCCGAGCUCGCGGGGCCCAGAGUUGUGAAUCUCGCGCCUGUUUGUACUUUUGUACGUUCUAGCGGCGCGCUCGGGCGUCGCCUGUACAAAAUCCGCCGCGUCCGGCGGCGCGGGCGGAC